AUGGCCAAUACGCGCCUCACCCAGGGUUUGGUCCAAGUCUGGAUCCAAGUGGACGGGAAGCCUGUUGAGCUCUACGAUGUCACCCACGACCAAGUCAAACGCGAAACUACUUGCUGGAUAGCAUCAGAGGUAGGAAAGAAGUUUGCUGUAUGGUGCAUGCUUACACGUAAAGCCCACCACGACCGUCUUUUUUCCAUCCAUCUGGACGGAUAUCCAGCUGGGGAACGGUCUUGUAGGAAGGGUUUGGUCAAUGUCCCGGUUGAGCGGUCGUAUCUACGGGUCUCAAAAUCCACGGUUCGCCCAUAUUCAUUCGGCUCCCUCAUUUUAACAGAUGGUGAAUCUGGAGAAGGGCAGUCGCGCGAUAUCGGAAAUAUUAAGGUAGUCGCAUCGGAAUGCACCAUGAGAGACCAUCCGCUCUGUCCGCAGCCUGAGCGCUAUUCCAAACUUCCUCCUAUUGGUGUCGUCAAUGAACGUUCCAAGAAAGCUUUGCAACAUCAAGUCGAAUACGGAGCAGCUGAACAGCUUCCAAGAUCAAAGUCCAUCUAUUACAACAAGCUGAAGAAUGACGAAUUGGAGAUUUUCAUAUUCAGGUACAGAUCUCUUGCGAUGCUGCAAGCAAAUGGGAUUGCACCCCUCGAGCCAAUGCCGCUAACUUCGCAACAAGUCUUGCCGCCGCCACAGCCUUCAAGCUCAACUUGUAAACGCAAAGUCUCAACCAUAAAACAAGAGGAAGAAAUUAACGGCGAAAUAGCGGGACGAGAGAAAGAGCUCGUUCUGGAGCUGGAGAAGAUCAGGGCGCAGAAACGUGCUCGGCGAGAUAGUGCAGGGCGUCAGACGGUCAAGCAGGAGCCACCACGCUUCUUUGUGCCUGGCGAAGUUAUAGAUUUGACUUAA